AAUUUUUCUUUUAGGUGAAGCCAAAUCUAACAUGUUCUCUUCUCUCUUUGUUCGUUGUAAUUCCAUAACAUCUCCAUUACGAUGUUUUGCGAUUCGAGGAUCUUGUUCUAAAUUAUUCGUCGGAGGGCUAUCUUAUGACACUAAUGAACCUGUUUUGAAGAAUGAGUUUGAAAAGUAUGGUGAGAUUAUAGAAGUGAAAGUAAUAUGCGAUCACAAGAGUGGGAAAUCAAAAGGUUAUGGUUUUGUGUUAUUUGAUUCAGAAGAAGCUGCUGCAAGUGCCUUAGCUUCCAUGGACAAUCAGUUAUUAGAAGGAAGAAACAUCAGAGUCGAAUAUGCUCAACCUAAAAGAAGUUUAUACCAGAAUCCGAAAUGA